AUGGCGACGGGGACGCGGAGCGCCUUGUUGUGUAGUGUCUCCAUUAUAAUUCUGUUAAAAAUAAGCGUUUUCUCCUGCCAGCAGUUCUCCAUAUCAUUUCGGCAGCCUUCUGACUGUGGCGACGGAAGCUAUUUUGAUAUUUCGAGCUUGUCUUGCGUAAAAUGUGGGUCAAAUCAAGUCAGCAGCAAAUCAGGACUGGCAUGCGAGUGUCGGGCUGGUUUCAGAGUGCUGGUUAGUAAUGGGGUGUCUAUCCUGUGCCAGGAGUGUCCUGAAGCUAAUCAGGUGGUCACCCAGGAUGGAUAUGAAUGUAUUCGUUGUCCUGGAACUGUAGGAAAGGAUGGCAAGUGUCAGUGUCCUGAAGGAAGUGUCCUGGUGGAGAGAGAUGGAAACGGCAAUCCCUUAAAUGAAGCAAGGUGUCAAGCAUGUAGUGCAACCGAUCCUGCUUUUUCUGCCCCAGAUAUGACAGGCAACAGGUGUGUGAGAUGUGGGGACUCAUUCAUCAACUCAUCUCAGUCUUGCAUUUGCGGGACUUCGAAUACGCUGGCUGGAGGAAUGUGCUUCCCUGCGAACAGUCUGCCUACCUCAGUUGCCUCAAAUGUCAUCUUUAGCCAACUGACUCUCCCUGUCCAGUCAGCAUGGUUUUCAAGCUUCAUGUAUUCUUCAGCUGCUGCAUGUUUGUUGUUCUCAAACCGGACUGCAUGUCAGUCUCUGGGAAACAUGUGUGUGAUGAACAUGCACUCGUCCGGCUCCAUCAACAAUGAUGUCUGUGGUCUCUACAACACAAUCUACAGAACAACAGCUGCUCAGGGCAGCAGCCAGGACAUCUCCUACUGGAGGACAAACCUACCUUGGCUGUACUAUGGAGAUCAACCUGGGAUGGCAUCACAGGCUCUUCAGAAUGAACCCCUUCCUGUUGGAUUCAGCUUUAAAGGGGCACAAAAGAACACCAACAUCGAGUUGCGAGCUGCUGUGUACUCAGUGCGUGGGGAGUUUCUGAGAUGGGAAAGCGUUGGUAGAGGCAACCUUCAGCUUUGUCCAGACACCCCUACCAGACAGCAGUCUGCCUUCACAUUCGGGACAGCCUACAAGCAGAGUUGUGUGCUAUCUGUGUCAGAGCUCUUAACGGGUUAUCCAGAGCCUUUGUUCUAUGAUGUGUUCCUGGUCAUUCAGAAUUCCCAGGACAAUCGUCUUCUUGCCGUGCCUCUCCUAAAUGCCAAUCAGCAGUUUAACGGCCAGUUUGUUAAUCAGGGAUCUGACAUGAGUAAAUGGUUCCUGACCCGAAGGCUGAUGCUUGUCGACACAUUGAGUGGAAGAGAAAAGUCCAUAAGUUCCUCACCCGGAGUUAUACGUGUGGCUUCUGACAUUAAGAUUGGAUUUCAGCUGGUACCGAAUACACAGAAGGGACAGGUUUACCCUCCACUGAUGAGUGUGGGCUAUUCGGAUGUACAGAUCAAAGACCCCAGCACACAGACUGUUACUGUGACCUUCUCUGUAGAGUAUACAAUGAACCAGGAGGAAGCUCGAAUCAAAACUGAUAUUGCUCUUGGUGUGCUUGGUGGAGUGGCUGUUGUCCACUCUUUAUUGAAGACAGCAAGCUGGAAAAGAAGAAUCGCAUCUCCUCUUAUUGACUUGGAGACAAUUAUGAAGUUUUUGGUUUUCUAUGCUGGAGACCUAGCAAAUGUUUUCUUCAUCAUCACUGUUGGAACAGGCCUCUACUGGCUUAUAUUCUUCAAGGCCCAACUGUUUGUGUCCGUGUUGCUGCCAUUGCCAGUUCAGGAAGAGCGUUUUGUUGUUUAUGUUGGCUGUGCUUUUGCAUUAAAGACUGUACAGUUUCUUCAUAAGAUUUUCGUUCAGCUCUCUGUGGAUGUUUUCUUCAUAGACUGGGAACGACCUCGUGGAAAAACUACUAAACACGUGGAGGCAUCUGGAGAAGCAAAAAGUCAGGCGUCUCCUGUCAGUAUCUGGAGGACUUAUUUUGUGGCCAAUGAGUGGAAUGAAAUUCAAACCAUUCGCAAGAUCAACCCCACUUUUCAGAUCAUGGCUGUGCUUUUCUUUCUAGAGGUUGUAGGCUUCUCAAAUUUGGCUCUAAGAGACCCCUCGUCCAACCUGAGUCGAUCUCCUGAGCAAUACACACCUUCAUACAGCCUCAUACUUCGCUACGGCGUAGCUACUGCUAUGUGGCUCUGCAUUGGCUUAAUACAGAUGAUAUUCUUCACUGUGUUCCAUGAACGGUUUGUUGAAGACAAGAUUCGUCAGUUUGUGGAUUUGUGCUCAAUCAGCAAUAUCUCAGUUCUGCUGCUGUCUCAUCGAUGUUUUGGCUAUUACAUUCAUGGGCGCUCUGUUCAUGGUCAUGCUGAUACUAACAUGGAUGAGAUGAACUCAAACUUAAAGAGGGAGGCGGAAAACCUGUGUGGCCAAAGGGGACUUUUGCCAAACUCUGAUACUCAGACGUUUCAAAUUUCGAUAACCAACCGUCUGCGAGCACAGUAUGAUCGGAUAAUCGAGCCAAUCAGCAGGAGAAGAGGACCCUCACGGUUAGUAGAUGCUACAGCAAAUCCAUGCGAGCAAAGCACAAAAGCAUACCAUACUAUGAACCGAUUCCUGGGCUCUGUCAUUGAUCAUGCACAUCGUGAGAUGGACUACAUUGUGAAAGAUAAGCUGCUGUUGGAGAGAGUCAUUGGUAUGGAGUUCAUAGAGCCGCUCGAUAAAAGUAUCUUUUAUAAUGAUGAUUCUCACUCAUUCGCUGAUGUCCUUUUUUAUGGUAAUGAGGGUGUGCUGUUGAUUUUUGACGCACUCUUUUUCUGUGUGGUGGAUCUGGGCAAACAGAACUUCAUUCUCGCAGCUGUUUUAACAUACCUCCAGCAAAUGGUAUUCAGAUUAAUCCGAAAUGGAUUGGGCCGCAGGAACCUGGCCAACAAAACUCUAGUUGACAAACGGUUUCUCAUCUAGAUCUUCAGCUUAUUGCACCAUGACAGCCUUCAGGUUUCUCCUGCAGACUUUUGUAUUGUUUUUAUAUGAAUAAUUAUUCAAUGCUGUUGAAACUGAUGCAUAAAUGUUUUUAUAUUUAAGUACUUUUGAUCAAUUAAACAAGUUCUUGGUUUUUA